CUGUAUGACUUUUCUGGUUGCUUUGUCUACAUGGAGUGUGUGUUCUUUUUCCAUUUCAUGCACAAAAAUUUAACUUCUAUUAGUUGCUCUUGCUUGCUAGUUGACUAUGCUACUACAUCUCAAUUGCACUCUCUAUUAGUUUUUGGCUGAUUUUGUAUUGGUUCAGUGUAUUUUCAGGCUCUAAUUAGAAUAUUUAUUGGUAAUUCUCUACCAUUACUAAGGGUGUAAACGAGUUGGGCUACCACGAGUAACUCGAGAUCGGCUUGAAAAAUUCAAGUCGAGCUCGAGUUGAUCGAGCUUCAUCUCGACCCAAGUUCGAAUAUCAUUUUAGAAAAUGGCAGCAACAUCAGCAGCAACCUUUUCGAUCGGAUCAGCUGUUUCCUUUACUCCUAAAGCAAGCCAAAUUUCACAGACAAAGCCUUAUGCUGUGAGGUUCAACUCACAGAACUCAAUUGCCAGUUAUAGUGGUCUGAAGGCAUCAACCUCUGUCUUCUAUGAAUCAGAGUCAUCUUUCUUCGGGAAAGAAAGUGCUUUGGCGCUUGGACAAUCUUUUGCCACAAAAGCCCAUAAAUCAAGAGAUGCGUCACGGAAUCAUCUAAAUGUCCAGGCAUCUUACAAAGUGGCAAUCCUUGGAGCUGCCGGAGGAAUAGGCCAGCCCCUUGCACUUUUAGUCAAGAUGUCACCGUUGGUUUCAACACUUCACCUGUAUGAUAUAGCAAAUGUCAAGGGAGUCGCAGCUGACCUUAGCCAUUGCAAUACACCCUCGCAAGUUCGGGAUUUUACGGGGGCUUCUGAGUUGGCCGAUUGUUUGAAAGGUGUGGACGUUGUAGUGAUACCAGCAGGAGUUCCAAGAAAGCCUGGAAUGACUCGUGAUGACCUCUUCAACAUCAAUGCCAACAUUGUGAAAAACUUGGUCGAGGCUGUUGCUGAUAACUGCCCUAAUGCUUUUAUCCACGUCAUAAGCAAUCCCGUCAAUUCUACAGUGCCAAUAGCUGCUGAAGUUUUGAAGCAGAAAGGUGUCUACGAUCCAAAGAAGCUCUUUGGUGUUUCCACACUUGAUGUUGUUAGGGCAAACACAUUUGUUGCGCAGAAGAAGAAUCUCAAGCUCAUUGAUGUUGAUGUUCCAGUUGUGGGAGGGCACGCAGGGAUUACCAUACUUCCCCUUCUGUCUAAGACGAAACCUUCUGUCUCUUUCACUGAUGAGGAAGUGAAGGAGCUAACCGUAAGGAUCCAGAAUGCUGGUACAGAAGUCGUGGAAGCAAAAGCAGGUGCUGGGUCUGCUACACUGUCGAUGGCAUAUGCAGCAGCCAGAUUUGUGGAGUCUUCUCUUCGUGCACUUGAUGGGGAUGCGGAUGUGUAUGAGUGCACAUUCGUGCAGUCAGAUUCCACCGAGCUUCCUUUCUUUGCAUCGAGGGUAAAACUCGGAAAGAAGGGAGUUGAAGCUGUCAUUUCAUCUGAUCUCCAAGGGUUGACUGAGUAUGAGCAGAAAGCACUAGAAGAUCUGAAGCCAGAACUGAAGGCCAGCAUCGAAAAGGGUAUUGCUUUUGUUCAAAAGCAACCAGUGGCUGCAUAGAAUGAGUUGUAUGAUUCCCUAACUAGAGUAAAAUGCAGGUCUUAACAAGCAUAAGCAAAAUUUAUAGUUGGUUAUCAUUCAGCGUCGCAUCAACAAUUCAGUUUUGUAGGUUUUUUUCCUUUUGAAAUUUUCAUGAAGUACUAUUUACAAGGAGCCAUUUGGAGGCUGGAGCAAUUAUGUUAGUGCUGUAGAUUUGAAAUUAUGCAAUCAAUAUCAUGAAGAGCUGUGUUUUUUUCUUGAAUAA